AUGGAUUUCUUGGCUAUGUUUGGAGCUUUCAUUGUGCCUAAUUACAAACAACAGCGACAGCGACACUGUGUUGUGUUUGUAUGUGUUUAUGCGGAAAAAUCACUGAAAAAAAAAAAUAUGCGUGAAGUAAUCUCAGUUCAUGUUGGACAAGCUGGUGUACAAAUUGGUAAUGCUGCCUGGGAAUUAUUUUGUUUGGAACAUGGAAUACAACCGGAUGGAACAACAUGCAAAAUCCAGAAUAAACAACAUGCUGAUAAUUCAUUUUCAACAUUCUUCCUAGAAACCGGUACCGGACGACAUGUACCACGAGCCAUUUUAAUUGAUCUUGAACCAUCUGUUAUCGAUGAAAUUCGAACAGGACCAUAUAAACGUUUAUUUCAUCCUGAACAAAUGGUUACCGGUAAAGAAGAUGCAGCAAAUAAUUAUGCACGUGGACAUUAUACAGUUGGUAGAGAAUUAAUUGAUGUUGUUCUGGAUCGAAUAAGACGACUUGCCGAAAAUUGUACCGGUUUACAGGGUUUUCUUAUAUUUCAUUCAUUUGGUGGUGGUACAGGUUCCGGUUUUACAUCAUUAUUAAUGGAACGAUUAACAAUUGAUUAUGAUAAAAAAAAUGUAGAACGACCAUCAUAUCUCAAUCUUAAUCGUUUAAUUUCACAGGUUGUUUCAUCAAUUACAGCUUCAUUACGUUUUGAUGGUGCAUUAAAUGUAGAUUUGACAGAAUUUCAAACAAAUUUAGUACCAUAUCCACGUGUACAUUUUCCAUUAGCUACUUAUGCUCCAAUAAUUUCUGCUGAAAAAGCUUAUCAUGAAUCGUUAUCUGUAAUGGAUAUCACUAAUUCAUGCUUUGAACCAGCUAAUCAAAUGGUUAAAUGUGAUCCACGUCUUGGAAAAUACAUGGCAGUUUGUCUUUUAUAUCGUGGUGAUGUGACACCCAAAGAUGUUAAUGCAGCAAUUAAUAGUGUUAAAACAAAACGUACAAUACAAUUUGUUGAUUGGUGUCCAACAGGUUUCAAAGUAGGUAUCAAUUAUCAACCACCAACAGUUGUACCAGGCGGUGAUGUCGCAAAAGCACCACGCGCUGUAAGUAUGCUAGCUAAUACAACAGCUAUUGCAGAAGCUUGGGCUAGACUUGACUAUAAGUUUGAUUUAAUGUAUGCAAAACGUGCCUUUGUACAUUGGUACGUCGGAGAGGGUAUGGAAGAAGGCGAAUUCACGGAAGCACGUGAAGAUUUGGCUGCUUUGGAAAGAGAUUAUGAUGAGAUUGGCUUUGAUAGUAAUGAUGAUAAUGAUGGCGGAAAUGCAGUGUAUUGA